CGUCUAUAGCAGUAUCACACCAGACCCACACGCCACGGAGCCACUCGCUGCGGUAUCACCGUUCACCCCCGUGGCCAUGGGCCUACUCUCCCGUGCCUGCUUAGUGCUAUGGCUGACACCCACUCACUCGUUCAUGGCAGUGCCUCCGAUCGCUUCACGAAAACGAGUAACAACUCAAUUGCAUAGCGGUGAGGACGGUCGAAUACCACCUUCGCCAGAAACGCUUAGGGCGCGAGCUGCUGCGAUACGUGAAGAGCUCAAGGAACUCGAGGCAAACGCAGCGGCAACCAGGCGACCCAACGCCGAGCUAGCGGAACCGAAGCGGGUGGUUCCGUUUCCAGAGACUCUGCUUGACAGCUGUUGGAAGAUCGUGAUGGAUCUUCGCGGUGUGAAGAGUGACAAGAACCGAGUACCGGUCCGUCUGGUGUUCUGCUGCAAGUUCGCUGAGGAUGAUUUCAUUCUCGAAGUCGAAAGCGACAAUCGCUUCGUGAAACGGGGGUACGUCUGGGAGCCCGAUCGAAACAACGACGAGGACAAAGAGUUCAUCACGUUCAUCGCAGAAGUGGAAGGGUUGUCGGCGGUUCCUGACGGGAGGAUCUUCAUGAACGCUUUCAUCGACAAGAUCGAAGGGGACGAUGGCAAGACCAGGUACAAAUUCAGCGAGGGAGCCGUGACUAUCAAGGAGGUGAUCGACAAGUCGUUCUGGGGGGUGUUCAACACGGCGGGAUUGCUGGCGGAGUUCAAGGUCGUUGGCACCUGGGACGCUUCUCCCAUCGAUGCCUUGCCCGAAAAAAAGUCGUCGCCUGAAAAGUAAAAAGCGGGUGGGAGACUGGUCAUCUACGGCGUUCUCUGCCCAGCAUGAAAGGUUUUUAACCGACAUCGAAGAAGGUUGUUCGUGGCUUUUUCCGGGUGCACAGGGCACAGAAGUUAUUUUUUCACCACCAAGUAUCCCCCCUCGGGUAACAUUGAGGCUGGCCGGGCCGUAGAGAGUGGCACUUGGAUUGGAUGGAAUUGAAUGGAAAGUUCCUUGCUCUGCCUGUUCGAAGCAGUGGCACCAGGCACUUGGCAAGUCUCGUGGUGUAAGCGGUGCGAUAAACCGUGCGAACCAUCCCAACGGUUUCCUGGUGUAUUUAGCGGGGGGGGUGGGGCUUGCAUCGGCCAUCGAAGCUCCGACCUGAAGUAGAGUGAGUAAGUUCUUAGAGGAGAGGUAGUGCAGGAUGAGGGCAGCCAGCGGACCAUGUUCUCGUUGUGGAUUACCUGAGACACUUUAAAACACUUGAAAGCGCCCUCGGGGUAACGAUGCCCGCGCUGCUUUUCGUAAACGUCGUUGUGUAAUGUAUCCCUGUAAUGAAGACGUAGAAUUGUGGUGCUCGAUUUUACUUCGGCAUCGCCAAGAUGCUCGUAGUAUUUAGCGGUAUAUGUAUUUGUGUUCAGAGCGGGCAUGUAGUACAAAGCUUGCGUGGUUAUACCCUCUGACUCGACUGGGUAGAUCGUUUGUGCGCUUGAGACCUCGUUGAAGUUGAGCAAGGGUUAUGUUUUCGGGCUACAGGCCGAUACGGCACCCGCUUUGUAUUUGGUUGACGGUGUGUUGCUGGCCUGCGACCUCUUUGAAGUUGAGCGAGGCUUAUGUUUUGGGGCUACGGUACCGAUACGGCGCCCGAUUUGUGUUUGACUGACGGUAUGUUGCUGGCCAAUAUCAGAAAAUAUGAGAAUCUGUACCC